AUGCAUUCGAAGCUAGUCAUUAUCGGCUCUGGCCCUGCAGGUCACACAGCAGCCAUCUAUGCCGCGCGAGCCGAUCUCAACCCCGUUAUGUAUGAAGGCUUCCUGGCCCUAGGAAUAGCAGCAGGCGGUCAAUUGACCACGACCGACGAGGUUGAGAACUUCCCAGGCUUCAUGAGGAUUCAGGGCGCAACACUGAUGGACCAAAUGCGCGCCCAAUCCGAGGCAUGCGGCACAGAGAUCGUAUCCCAAACCGUCGCGAAAGUCGAUCUUUCCUCCCGACCCUUCAAGUACUGGUUACAUCCCAUGGGCGAUGACGUCGAGAUAGAGGAGGAGACACAUACGGCAGAUUCGCUCAUCAUCGCCACCGGCGCGAAAGCGCGACGACUGGAACUCCCGGGCGAGGACAAAUACUGGGGUAAUGGCGUCAGCGCAUGCGCGGUAUGCGACGGGUCACUCCCAAUGUUCCGGAAUCAGCCGUUGGUGGUCAUUGGAGGCGGCGACUCAGCGGUCGAGGAGGCGAUAUAUCUGACAAAGAAGGCGAGCAAGGUGUACGUGCUGGUACGGAGAGAUGUGUUGCGAGCGUCGAAAGCGAAUGCGCGGCGCUUGACCACGAACCCGAAAGUCGAGGUCCGAUUUAACACACAACCAAAGGAGAUUAAGGGUGAGGAGAAGAAGGGUGGUCUCAUGACGACGCUUGUGGUUAAGAACGGAAAGACCGGUAAAGAAGAGGAGAUUGAGGCCAAGGGUCUGUUCUACGCUGUCGGACACGAGCCGGCGACUCAGCUGUUCAAGGGACAGCUCAAGAUGGACGAGGAUGGAUACUUGAUCACGGAGCCGGGAACCAGUCUCACGAACGUAAAAGGCGUAUUUGCGGCGGGAGAUGUUCAGGAUAAGAAGUACAGGCAAGCUGUGACGAGUGCAGGUUCCGGCUGCAUCGCAGCGCUCGAAGCCGAGAAGUACCUCGCGGAGCAGGACGGUACUGUGGAACCGGAGCUCGAGGCCGAAAACCAGGCCGAGAAAUCACAGACGAACGGCAUUGUACCGGAGUAUCGCUCGAACCCGCUACUCUAG